UGUGUUGUUAUUUUUGCCAUAUCGGACGUGAUAACAGUUUGUACUGAAAACAAUUGCACAUUUCCAAAUAAAUCAUCUCGAAAAUGCUUGUCUAAGUAAAAUAAUAGCAAUCUUUGUAAAUUCCUUUAGUCACUAAGUGUUUCUUGUGUGAGAAGCAUCCACAAUGCGACAAAUAUACGUGUGAGUGAAUACGCCCCCCUCACCAAACAAGCAUAGACGUGAUCUAGGUAUCAAAGCGAGCAGUAGUAGGUGCACAGUAGGUCUAGCUGACCACAAUGGAGGACACCGUCCGAGCCUGUGUGUUGACCGCCAAGUCUCCAACCUGUCAAACCGAAGGCACUGGAUGUGGCGUUAUUAUUGACACUCGCCAUGGUUACGUCAUCGCCCACUCAGCAGUUCUGGCACCGUUUCUUCUCAAUAAGCCGGAGAUUCUCAGAGAACUGGAAUCAUGUUCCACACAACAGACCAACCUUUCUGGUAUUUUAAAUGUCAACAUUGAGGUUAUUUUGGAAACACUUAAACAUACCUCCCAAACAGCGGACUAUUCUUUGAAGAACUAUAAAACAGCUUUAGUAAAUACAAACAUUCACGAAAAAUGCCCUAAACAAACAAUCCACACUGCAAAAUUACGGUCCGUGUUUAAGUGUUCAAGGUUCGAGCAGGCGAUGAAACAGCUAAUGCCGGAAGGGAACUGGAAAUUCGCAGACAGUUCUAAAGACUCCGGGUCCACGUCGAGUCCAAAUGUGCCAAAAGAUGAAUCUGUAGACGGAGAGGACGAGCAGGUCUACAAAUUAUUGCCUUAUUUUGUUUUGGUCCAGCUGAAGCGGUGGAAUAGUUAUAAUUCAGUCAUGAGAGUACGUUCAACCCAGUGCUGUCGGAUCGGGGAACCUGUGGAGCUCCUCGCAACACCUUUUGCAAACCUGUUCCCAGAAAUAAUGCUGAAUUCUGUAAGCAAGGGGAUCAUCAGCAACCUUGCAGGGAGAAAUCAUUGUUUAAUUUUGUCUGAUGCUCGCUGUAUCCCAGGUUCUGAGGGAGGGCCGCUGUUUACCCUUGGCGGCGAUGACUCAAGACAUUUGAGCGGUAUAGUUGUAUCGUCAAUGUGUUGGAAGAAUGGGGAGUGGAUCGGCUUUUCCUUGGCUUGCUCAAUACAUGAGGUACUAGGCAGCAUUCCACGCUUGAACAAACUAGUCGACUAUGACGUUGAGUUGAGGAAGAGGCAGCAAGGUUCAGGAAUGGUGAAAAAUAUGUCAUUGACCUUGGAACAAGUUCCUCUGCUGAAGGUCGGACCUUCUUGGGGUUCAGGGGUCAUACUUGGUCAAGGCCAGGGAUUGGUCAUCACGUGUUCACAUGUCAUCAAGGAUUCCCAGAAACAUACAGUCCAGCUGCGGUCAGCACCUCACAGCCCAUUGCAGAAGUGUCAGGUUCUGUACAAGAGUCCCACAGGGACACAGUUUGACCUGGCCCUUCUCUCAUGCACCGGACUGGAAGCACACAAGAGUUGUCCCCCCUUAGCUUAUCCAACAGAAGGGUCUAGAGUUUAUGUUGUGGGCCAUGCUUCGUUUGGUGAAGAGCUUGACCUUCACCCUUCCGUGACCUCUGGCGUUAUAUCCAAGGUGGUCAAGGUGAACAAUAUUCCAGUCAUGAUUCAGACAACAUGUGCCGUCCACCCAGGUGCGAGCGGUGGGUCAGUCGUGGAUGGCCAGGGACGUCUCCUGGGAAUCGUCGUCUGUAAUGCCAAGGACACGGACACAGGUGCGAGUUUCCCCCAUGUCAACAUGUGUGUACCCUUCAUCACUGUGUGGCCGGUGCUUAAAGAAUAUAUAGAGUCUGGAGAUGCUAAUGUUUUGAAAUACCUCAACUUGAAGAAUGCAGUCAUCGACCGACUUUGGACUCUGGGAACGCCAGCAGCAUCAGAAGCCUGUUUAGCAACAAGCCAUUUAUGAGAAUGAAUUUCACCAAGGCAUGAAGAGUUGUCCCCCUUAGUAGAAUCAGCACGGCACAGAUGUUCAACAAUAUGGCUGUCAGUUGCUCUUUUGAUGAAUCAAACAUCAUUAAGAUUUUUACAGUUAUUGUUACAAGCAUUAUUCUAAUAUCACUUGCUCCAGAAGCUGAGAAUUACUUUGUGUACUUUUGAAGAAUUACAAAUGUUGGGGAAUGUCUGUCUGGAACAACCAAACAGAACAUGCCAUUCAUUAAUGUAUGAGCUUACAUCAGUAGCUAGGUAUUAUAAAACUUUCUGGACAAGUUAAAGAGUUAAUUAUGAUGACCAGUUCAAAUUUGAUUUAGCUUAUAAAUAUAACAGGGACCAUGCUAUUUUGAUUUGAUUGUAUUCUCUCCAGCAUGAAUCAAAGCAGUGCGUUGUAUGGUGACGGCCAAUAAGCAGAAACACGUCAGAUUUCAUAGUGAAUGUGAAUUAUCAAGUGUUCAAGUAUAUAUGCCUAUUUAUUAUUUAAAAUAAUCAGUAUUUUUAUGAUUAACUGGUACAUAUAUAGGUGAUGAGUUUUUAAGAUUUUUAAGGUUUGGUUCUAUCACAGGAGACCUGGAACUAUAUACAGAUGCUAUGUUUAUAGUCAUAUAUAUGCAUACAGACACAAUUUGUUUGGGUAAAAUCAAGAUGAUUAUUCCUUAGCUUGUUUAUACAUGUUUUAUCAUGAACUCAUGAUAUAUAUAUUACAUUGUUGUAUACAAUCUGUGAUAAAAUUAUUUUCACAAUG